AUGCCCCACAAGAACAAAACAGAAAAGAUGGCGGCCGCAACAGGACAACGAGACCUCGAGCAGGCACUCCGUCCGGACACCACCUUGCGAGCCUCGAAGCAGAUCCUUGAUGGAUUGGACUUUGCGCACCAGGCUGGUCUGGCACAUGGAGAUAGUUCAGCUGCAAAUAUCGUUGUCACCUGGGACUCCAUCGCGAAUGAUGAAGAUGACGACCUUUUUGACAUACUCGGCGAUCUCUAUGUCGCCAAAGCUAUAGGACCUCUCCCCUCACUGCAUUUCCCCAAAGAGAUUGUGGCCACCUCGCGCUGGGGAUUAUGGGACGAUGGACCUGACGAAGACAUUCGGCUGAUUGACUGGGGUGCAGCUUCUCCGGUAGACCAAACCGUGACUGCAGAAGUACUACCUCAGCCCCUCGAUCUUCGAGCCCCUGAGACCUUUGUUGUUGGCUCUCUGGACUACAGACUUGAUUUGUGGAAAGUUGGAUGCGUGAUAUACGAUCUGAUCUAUCGAGAGCGCAUCUUUAUAUAUCGUGUUAAUGAUGAACACUUCUUUCUCAAACAAGUGAUCAAGAAGGUGGGACCGCUCCCUAGCGACUGGCGAUCCAAAUUUGAGGAAGUCCGAGAGAAGAAUAAAUACGCAGACGAAAAUGGUGUGCUUUCCUACUGA